CCCACGAUUGGUUCGCCCCAUUUGGGAGCCGUAAAGUGCCAAGGCGAAAAGGAUGCCACUUUCUGUCACUCGUCCACAUACCAUACCAGCUCUCGGCCGUUCAUUUUUCCUUACUUCAAAUCCUUAAAUAUCACAACAUCUUCAGCUCCGAUUCCAAGCUCAUGGCUCCAUCAUUAUUUCGGAUACUGUUCCUUUCCUGAAUCAGGACCCAUUCUCCAUCUUCCUCGAACAAGACCAGUUUCACUGACCACGUCAAAAAAUGCAACUCAAUCCUUUACCUCUGACGCAGACUCUCUCGACCCAUCAAAGCUUAACAGCAAAAAUCGCUUACCCCAUCGACAUGGUAUUUCACAAAAGAAUCAACAGGGCUUUGAGGUCAAAGAAAGUGAUGAAGUAGAAAACUCACUUGAGAAAACUUGCUCUGAACUUGUUCCUUUCUCUGGUUUGGAUAAGAGUUCGGUGAAGCAUGAAGAGGAUGUUGAAAUGAUGGGUGAUGGAGUUGGAAGCAAUGGAUGUAGUGGACAUGGGAGUGGAUGGUUUUCCUCUAAUGAUGGGGGAGAUAAUACGGAUUCUUAUUAUCAGAAGAUGAUUGCAACUAACCCGAAUAAUGCUCUUUUGCUUGGGAAUUAUGCAAAGUUCUUGAAAGAGGUGGUUGCAGAUUAUGAUAAAGCAAAGGAGUAUCUUGAAAGGGCGAUGUUAGCGAAUCCAGGGGAUGGCAUUCUUCUGUGUUUUUAUGCAGAAUUGAUAUGGCAAACGGAGAAGAAUGCAGAUCGAGCUGAACAGUAUUAUGAUCAAGCUGUUCAAAUCGCCCCUCAUGAUUGUUAUGUGCUUGCUUCAUAUGCUAACUUUCUGUGGGAUGCUGAAGAAGACGAAGAAGCCAAAGAGUGGAACCAGAAAACUGAUGAUGGAAAGCAUACACGUGCUUUAACUGCAGCCUCUCGUCUUGAUCCAAAAUAAGAAAUCCCAGUUUUUCAAUUCCUAGUGUUCCAGAAAGUUUUGAACUUGUACAUCUUUAGCGUCUGAAAUUGUGCUAGGAAAUAAAGAGCAGCCCUUUUUGUUUUUAUUGCCAUUUCCCCACUUCCAAUUCACCCUUUUUUGGUCAAAUAAUCAGCAUAACUAUGAUCCCGAUACCAUAUUGCAAUGUUAGGGGCUCAAAUACAUCUAUAAAUACAUGUAUGUAUGGUACGUAUAUGUGUAUGUA